CACAGACAUGGAUGCUUACUGAGUGCACCGGAUGAUGUCUGGUACGCCUAGCACCGCAACCAUGGGUAAGCUGUCAAAUUCUCGCCACACGACUCAACGCUGUAGGAGAGUAAUAUUCAAGUCUACACACUACUGCGAAUUUCUUCCUUCCUACAACUCCAAAUCGACUGCCUGCCAAAUUCACCAAGUUCACCGCCAUUUACCGCCAUCGUACCUAUCAAGCAACCAACCAUGUCCUGUUCACACCCUUUCUAUCAAGCCAUAUUCGAAGAUCUCUACCGCCAACCCCCCAAGAAAGGCUUCCUCGUCAAAGCCUUGGAGACGCUAGAGCAGCAGCAACCACAACCCCUCCUGGCCCUCACGUACUUCUUCAACGUGCUGGAACUCGAUUACAAUCUUGUCGGCGAAACCAACAGCAUCCUAAAAUUUAGAUACGAGCCGCUAUCCUGGGGCCUCUACAUCACCGGCCCUACCCCCUUGAACAAGCAUAGCCUAUAUCUGCACACGCAAACCGCACCGAACUUGAAGUCGAAGAGAGGAGUAGAAACCGUAGAAUUUAAAAUGCAAGGCCGGGAAGAUUUAGCGGCCGUUGCAAGAAGUGUGAUAGAAUACUACGAUGUUCUCACCGACCAGAGAUGUGCUGUGCUGCGGCCUGCUCCUUGGAAAGAUGGCGCGCUCUUGCACGCCCUGCGCGAUGGCAAAGAAAAGACACUUUACCAUCCGCGUUUCGAAGAAGCUGAGCGCGCUGUUAUGCGGAGUUGUCUUCUCGAUGCGUGCGUGGACUUGUUCAUGCCGUUCGGUCUGCAGCCAAGGAUAGUCGAUGAAAAAAACAAGACAAAAAGAGUAGAGUUCAAGAGUAAACACCUACGAGAUGGUAUCGAGCCGAUUAUCUGGAUCGACCGACUAGACCACCAUUUCGACUUAUCGCACCUCGAUGAUGCCGCUGAGGAGGAGGUGGUGGCACCAUCCGAACCGCCGCUUCAAGUUCAACCCAAGGCAUUCAAAACUAGCGUUGUAGUCCAAGGCCUGCGCGGAACCCAAGAAGCUGAUGCCCUCCGCGCCCUGUAUGCCGUUCUCCACGCUGCAAAUCUAGACAGCCUCCUGGAGCAAUACCCCGGCGACGACUACUUCGAUCUACAAGAGGGCCUCGUGUACGAUCUCGCCAGCCAAGCUGAUCGCAUAGCGUUGGUAGAAAGGGUACUGCGCAUGCGCGAUGAAAUGCGGAUUGAAGACGACGAGGCGCAAAGUCGGCAUGUGUGGCAUGGCAAAAUGAAAGAUUGGGGUGGGAAGGAUUGGCGCGCUGGGUUGAGGUUGGAUGAGAGGAGGAAGAAGUGCCGGGAUAGGGAGAGUCAGUUGCGGUAUGAGAUUACUCCGGAGGAAAUGACAGCGCGGGAUGAGGAGAGGGAGAAGAAGAAGGUGUGGGAAGCUGGGUUGCCGGUGGCUGAUUUAGAAGAUAUCGGGGGAGUAAUUCUUAACAGUGGGAUGAGUGAGCAUAGGAGCAUUGAGGAGUAUGUUGAUUCGUUGUUCAAGGAGGCGGGGGUGGAUGCGGAGGUUGGAGCUUUUCCGUAGACACUGAGUCUGGAGAAGCUUUAUGAAAUCUUGAUAAUGCAGGAUGUUCACUUUUCAUUCACAUUCUAUGACUGAGAAAGACUGUUCCAACACGAAGCGAGACAUCGCAUAAUUCCAGUUCAAGCGUCCGUUUCAACUAUGCAUCUUUUCGAAAUGCUUGAGCAUAUUGUCUUUCCGUGGAUAAGCCUUGUCACAGC